AAAUGUAGAAGUGCCUACGUAGCGUCUCCAUCGCUCCUUGGCCAUGUCCGCAUUGAUCAUACCAGAUAGAUGGCACCCAUCUCGAUACCCCAAAAGAUACGUAUCUCGUAGUCAGUCCGUCGCCCGCCUCCUUGACUACACGGUACUGAUCUGAUCUGAUGAGUUGAACCUGACCCAUUCCCCCCGCAAACAAUUACCCGAUAUCCUCUACUCUUCCACUUAACGUGGCAAAGUCCUACAACAAGCAAGUAUGCCACUUCAAUUAAGGGUGAAGAAGACGGAAGGAAAGCCGGGAAAAGUCUAUUACCCGCUGGAGCUCAAAGAGGUGCCGGAGCCGACGCCGGGCCCGGGUCAGGUGCUGGUGCGCCUCCUGGCCGCGGCGCUCAACCACCGCGACCACUUCAUCCGCCAGCACCUGUACCCGGCCAUCUCGUUCGACGCGCCCAUGCUGGCCGACGGCUGCGGCGUCGUCGCCGCCCUCGGGGGUCCCGACCCCUCGCCCCGCGCCCGCUCCCUGCUCGGCCGCCGCGAGCCCGCGCGCUUCGCGGUCACGGGCUCGUCGCUGCUGUGCGAGGACGCCGGCUGCGCGGCCGAGUACGCCGUCGUGUCCGAGGCCGAGCUCGAGGCCGCACCCGAGCACCUGUCGCCCGCGCAGGCCGCCGCGCUGCCCGUCGUCGGGCUGACGGCGUGGCGCGCCCUCGUCACCAAGGCCGGGAUCUCGCCAGCCGGCAACGGCAACGGCAACGGCGAGGGCGGGGGCAAGGGCCCCAGGAAGAACGUGCUCGUCACGGGCAUCGGCGGCGGCGUGGCGCUGACGGCGCUGCAGCUCGCCGUGGCCAUGGGCUGCCGCGUCUUUGUGACGAGCGGCGACCCGGCCAAGAUCGCGCGCGCCGUGGCCGAGCUGGGCGCCGAGGCGGGCGUCAACUACAAGGAGGCGGAUUGGGACGCGCAGUUGGCCGCGCUGCUGCCGGCGGACCGGCCGUCGCUCGACGCCAUCAUCGACGGCGCGGGCGGCGACGUGGUGAAGCGGUCCCUACGGCUGCUCCGGCCCGGCGGCGUUAUUUCCAGCUACGGCAUGACCGUGUCGCCGCGCAUGGACUGGCUCAUGCCCGCGGUGCUCAAGCAGAUCGAGCUGCGCGGCACCACCAUGGGGUCGCGCGCCGAGUUCGCCGACAUGGUCGCCUUUGUGCGCGAGCGCCGCAUCGUGCCCGUCGUCAGCCGCGCCGUCCGCGGGCUCGACAACCUCGACGGCAUCGAGGGCCUCUUCGACGACCUCAAGGCGGGCAGGCAGUUUGGCAAGCUCGUUAUCGAGAUCGCCGACGGCAGCGACAAGUCACCACCAAGGCUGUGAUGGCAUGUGCAAAAAAAACAAAAAAAUGGGGGACAGGCAAUACUUUCUGCUUUGACUGUCAUGCAUUGUUGUUGAUAACAAGGGAAUAUCUGUACCCUCCAUGCUUGUCCGUGAAGCCAGCGAAAACGCUCCGACCCGUAUACAAAACACUUGCUAUAUGCACGAGAAGAGGGCCCACCACCCUGCCCAUUUACUGCUUUUGUCUUCCAUGCGUACCUCGCCAGGUAUGGAAUCAAAACGUUUGAUCAAGGAAAAUAAAAGAGAGGAAGCCAGCGGCUCGUCCGCUUUUCAAUCCUCCAUAGCGUCACUGCCGUGGAUACCUGCUGGUAACCUCCCCUCGUUCAG